AUGUCGGAAAAUCCCGAUUACACUCGUAAUGUGUCACUGAGACUGUCUAAAGUACUUUAUGAGAUAGGAAUGAACGAAAGAAUGGUAAUAAAAUGUAGGCGCUUACAGCUAUUGAACGAAAUAUUAUGUACGAUAACACAACAAUUAUCAUAUGCAGGUGUGAAUGUGUAUUACUUAGGUAGUAGAGUAGAGGGUACUACAACACCUGGAAUUUAUUCUGACGAAGAUCUUCUUUUCACACAUGCCGGUUAUAGUGUUAUACAAGACUGGGGUGAAUGGGAACCUGGUAAACAAAACCUGUUAAUGAUACAGGAUGAUACUGUAUCACCAGGAUAUUGUUUGUUACAGAUACUGAGAAAUAAUGCUCCACUUCCAGAAGAAAAUGUGUUUGAUCAGUACACGUGUAGAGAUAGAAAAGGAAGAGUACUGGUAAAGAAUACAAUGUUAAAUAUCGGAUUUGACGCUGAAUAUGUUAGACAUGGUCCAGCACAAUUAAUGAAUGGAAGACCUGGUUUCGUUAGUGCUGACUUUGUCCCUGCACUGACAUGUCAACAGUGGCCAACGCAAGCAAGACAAUGGAUGAAUCAGCAAGGUGAAGGUCAGUGGCCUACAUAUAAUAUGAAACAGUAUUGUAAAGACACGGGAUGUUUUGUUGUAGCAGUUGGAGGCAAAGGCAGUGUUAAUGAAGAAUUUGAAUGGAGAAUAUCCACUUCCCUUGCUGAGAGAAAUCUAAUGUUCAAUCUCAACAUAACUCAUAUCAGAUGCUAUGUCUUGAUGAAAAUGAUUCUUAAAACGUUUAUAACCACACAAUGUCCUGACAGCAUUUCAAGUUACAUGUGUAAAACGGUCUUGCUUCAUUGUAUUAAAAGUGCAAACAACACUGAUUGGAACAAAAACACAUUACUUAUCUGUCUGAAUUAUUGUCUGACAUUGCUUUACAAUUGUGUUUUAAAUGAUUACUGUCCACAUUUCAUUAUUCCAGAGAACAAUUUAAUGGCUAGACGUUUUACUCCAGUAACAAAACAAAGCAUUCUAGAAAGACUUUGUUACAUUAUUAAUAGUAACGGAAGUGCUUUACUUGAAAUAGAAUGUGAUCAACUAGGGUUCAGAAUUCGAAACACUUUUUUGAGAUUAGUAGAGAUUGCUUCUGAAGAUAGUAAGGGAUAUUGCCAGUGGAGUCAAUGA